AGCUCGAACGCCACCGAACCGCUCGAAGCGAUCAAACGAAGCGUCCGCAACCAAUGUUCUCCACCGUGCGAUCGCGUGCUCUCUCGUCCCUCCCAUGGAGGCUCCCGCUAGGGUUUCUCCGCUCCUCGUCCUCUUUCGCCUCCUCCUCUGCGUCGAAUCUAGGGCUUCUUGAGCUCGGCGAGGUGGAGAAGGUGCUCGGCGACGUCAAAGCCGAAGACGUGCGGGUGAUCCCCGUGCGCGACCAGUGCGAUUGGACCGAUUACAUGGUCAUCGCCACGGGGCGAUCCACGUGGCACGUGCGCAACAUCGCCCAAGCCCUAAUCCACAAGGUAAAACAGAAGCAGCAGGGGUCUGAACGAUUACUGCUUCCUAGCGUAGAGGGUCAUGCAGGUGGAAAGUGGAUUGUCAUAGAUUCUGGUACAGUGAUUGUUCAUGCGCUUGAUGAGAAGGCAAGGGCAUACUAUAAUUUAGAAAGUCUUUGGACAAAAGAGAUGUCUCCCAAGAGUCAGAACCAGGAUCUAGAGAAAUCGAUUGUUAAGACUCGGCGAAGGGACAAAUCAGAGAAACCCAUGAAGAGUGUCUAAACAAAAGUGUGUGAUCGAAUUCCGCUCUUUGACGUGUCUGUUUGAAAACAGUUCAGCAGCACUCUCUGAUUUGUAUUGUUGUGGUUUCUUAACUGUUGGAACUUUCGUUGUACUUUCCUCUGUUUGAUUAGUGUAGAGGAUGGUGAAUUUAUGAUUUGCCGUGUUCAGUACAUACCAGUGCAUAUAUUCAGCUGAAGCUUGACCUCUUGAA